AUGGCCUCUUCCGACUCUGAGAUGGCCGUCUUUGGAGAGGCAGCUCCUUACCUCCGAAAGUCAGAAAAGGAGAGAAUCGAGGCCCAGAACAAGCCUUUUGAUGCCAAGACAUCCGUCUUUGUGGCCCACCCUAAAGAAUCCUUUGUGAAAGGCACAAUCCAGAGCAGGGAAUCAGGGAAGGUCACUGUCAAGACUGAAGGUGGAGAGACUCUGACAGUGAAGGAAGAUCAGGUCUUCUCCAUGAACCCUCCCAAGUACGAUAAAAUUGAGGACAUGGCCAUGAUGACCCACCUCCAUGAACCCGCUGUGCUGUACAACCUCAAAGAGCGUUAUGCAGCCUGGAUGAUCUACACCUACUCGGGUCUCUUCUGCGUCACUGUCAACCCCUACAAGUGGCUGCCGGUGUACAACCCGGAGGUGGUGUUGGCCUACCGAGGCAAGAAGCGCCAGGAGGCCCCUCCACACAUCUUCUCCAUCUCUGACAAUGCCUAUCAGUUCAUGUUAAAUGAUCGCGAGAACCAGUCGAUCCUGAUCACCGGAGAAUCUGGUGCAGGGAAAACUGUGAACACAAAGCGUGUCAUCCAGUACUUUGCAACAAUUGCAGCGAGUGGGGAGAAAAAGAAGGAGGAGCAGCAGCAGUCAGGCAAAAUGCAGGGAACGCUCGAGGAUCAAAUCAUCAGCGCCAACCCACUGUUGGAGGCCUUUGGAAAUGCCAAGACCGUGAGGAACGACAACUCCUCACGCUUUGGCAAAUUCAUCAGAAUUCACUUUGGAGCUACAGGCAAACUGGCUUCUGCUGACAUUGAAACUUAUCUGCUGGAGAAGUCCAGAGUCACUUUCCAGCUCAAGGCAGAAAGAAGCUACCAUAUAUUCUAUCAGAUCACCUCUAACAAGAAGCCAGAGCUAAUUGACAUGCUCCUCAUUACCACCAACCCUUAUGAUUUCCACUUUGUGAGUCAAGGUGAAAUCACUGUUCCAAGCAUUGAUGACAAGGAGGAACUGAUGGCUACAGAUAGUGCCAUUGACAUCCUGGGCUUCACUGCCGACGAAAAGACUGCCAUCUACAAGCUGACAGGGGCUGUCAUGCACUACGGGAACUUGAAGUUCAAGCAGAAACAAAGAGAGGAGCAGGCAGAGCCUGAUGGCACAGAAGUGGCUGACAAGGCUGCCUACCUGAUGGGCCUUAACUCAGCUGACCUGCUCAAGGCACUGUGCUACCCCCGAGUCAAGGUGGGGAAUGAAUAUGUGACCAAGGGUCAAACUGUGCAGCAGGUGAACAACGCAGUUGGUGCCUUGGCAAAAGCUGUCUAUGAGAAGAUGUUCUUGUGGAUGGUUAUUCGCAUAAACCAACAGCUGGAUACCAAGCAACCCAGACAGUACUUCAUUGGUGUCCUGGACAUUGCUGGCUUUGAGAUCUUUGACUUCAAUAGCUUUGAGCAGCUGUGUAUCAACUUCACCAAUGAGAAACUGCAACAGUUCUUCAACCACCACAUGUUCGUGCUG